AUGCCAUCCUCGUCGACUGACAGCGAGUCGACCAGUUCUACUGGGUCAAAGACAAAUAACUUCUUUAAGAAGUUGCAAAAUAAGACAUUCAAUAAGCACCACGAACAUGAUGUUCAGCUACCAAAGAAUAACGGUCAAGCCGAUCAUUUAAAGUCCAGGGACAAAUCGCAUAAUAUUUUGAGACAUUUGAAACCAAGCCAUUCACAUGUCGUAGAACCUCCUCAAAUACGCAGUUCAUCUGACAGUUAUGGACCGAAGGGCAAGUUGACGAAAUCCAAUACAAGCCUGGGCCAUUCUAUUAUAUCGAAGUCGAAUAAGAAUAUGAACGAUCUUUUGGGCACAUCCGGCAACGUUAUUGCAUCGCCAAGAGAUACCACAAUUCCCAGACCGACCGCUAAAUUGGGACUCCCUUCUGUGGAUGAAUACAAACCUAGCAAACCCCAGAAACUUGAGUUUAAUCCUUUUGGGAUAAACAAUAGUGGUCUCCAAUUCAGCAACUCGUCGUCUCAAUCAAAAAAGUCUCGCACUUUUGAUGCAGUCGAUGACGAUACAAAUGUGCUACCAUACCCUGUGGAUAUGCCCAAUGACCACCUUCCUGAUGAAUUUAAGCUAGAACAUCAAGUUUUAUUUGAUGAAUAUCAGUUUCCAAAGGACGAGCCGGGCAAUAUAGGAACAGGAGCUUCCUCAUCAGUUAGAAAAAUCCAUAAAAUUAACAAGCCGAAAGAAGUGUAUGCAUUAAAGAAGUUUGUGUUGUUCAAGGGUGAAACACCUAGCGAGUUUUACCAGCGUGCGUCUAAAGAAUACAUCAUUCAUAGAAACCUCUUCAAUGGCCUCCACAUCGUGAAAUGCUAUGCACUUAUCAGAAUUCCUCACCAACAAAACCUGACAAGAGGUUGGGGUUUUGUUCUUGAGCUAUGUAAAGCAGACCUUUUUACGGUUAUGACGUCCCCCAACUGGUCCUUCACAACACCAGCAGAAAAAUUGUGUCUCUUCAAACAAACUGCUUACGGUAUCAAGUAUAUGCAUGAGUGUGACAUUGUCCAUCGGGAUAUCAAGCCAGAAAACAUUUUGCUAACUGCUGAUGGCUGUGUUAAACUCACAGAUUUUGGUGUUUCUGAUUAUGGACACCAAAUUCCUGGUGAUUUUAGCUCAGACAUCAAAUAUAGUACACAGCUCGUUGGAUCGCCCCCUUAUCAGCCUCCAGAAGUUGAAGCACUGCACGAUGUGCCCAUAUCCAAAAGAACUCCUUAUAACCCUUUCAAGAUGGAUCAUUGGGGAUUAGGAUUGCUGCUUUUCGUUCUCUUCUACGGCGGUACACCGUUCGCAGAAAGCUCAAGAAAAACUUGUCCUCAGUAUAGAGAUUAUGAGAUUUCUUACUCUCAGUUGUGCUCCAAAGUUCCUUCCUUCAGGAAGAAUGACUAUACUAAAUGUCCCGCGAUCGAGUCACGAUUUGCCAAAAGAUUUCCCGAUCCGGGCGUUGCUAGAGUUGCUUGGCGUCUAGCAGACCCCCAAGCAUCGACCAGAUACACUCUUUAUGACCUUUUCAAUGAUCCAACAUUCCAACAAGCUGAGAUGUGCAUCGAUGAAAAUGAGUAUGAAUGCAAUUUUUUCCAUCACCCAGACUCAAACUUCAAAGGCAAGUUUGAGUAUGGCCACAAUAGCUCUUCGGCAUCUUCCCUUGACUCUUCACAUUCUAUUUCCCAUGCAUCAGCAUCGGCUCUCAAAAAUUCCUCCAAUAUGAGCUCCCUAGCUUCUGCUAGGUCCAGAGCGUCAACUAUUCAAUCGGUGGCUCGCACGUCGAGUAUGCUUGAUGUAGGCAAGUCCAAAAAACCUCUUACAUCCAUGGUGGAUAUAGCUGUCGCCAACGAAUCGCCAAAACACGAUCAUUUAGAGGAAAGAAAACAAAAUUCAUCAUCCUCAUCUUUGAAUUCUCCUGAUUCUCCUUUGACUAUUUCUGUUCAUUCAAAAUACGAUGGAGAAAACCCAGCUAUUGGUACACUUUCACUUAAUGACCGAACAAACGCUCAAGAUGAGAAAGAUGAUGGUAGCGAUAGCCAACAUGAAGUCACCCCUCAAACAGAAAUUUCACCAGACCUGAAAUCUACAGGAAUGUCUAGAGCGGCAUCCGUGGUGACUCUCGAUUCCCUGUGUACCAUAGAUGGACCACAUCCAAUUAAACUCCAAGAUAAUGGAAUACUCAAGGUUAUACCUUCUGACGUGAUAUGCAAAUGUGGAGGGAGCAAAAAAAACCAUAACCAUUUCCAUAACAAAUAG